AUGGAGCGACACGGAGAAGCGCUCACGGAGAUCCGGCAGCCUCCGCUUGCUUCUCCGCAGAAGCGAACCAAGCUUGACAUCUUCGGGUCUGACAACAGCGUGAAGGCGUCGUCAUGGCAUGGGAGGCCUUCCGGCAGGACAUGGCGAUUAGCUUGGGAGCCCGAGGGGGAGGGGGAGGGGGAGGAGGAGGAGGUGAUGAAGGGUCUUCCGCCUAAGGUUGUAGCAAGAACCAACAGCCCGACCCGCCGAAAGUUGGUGGUGCGAGGGAACUCGUUCGAGACCAAGGAUUCUCCCAACUUCGAGAACGGAACAAUCUUCGAGAUGGAGGUGGAGGAACCGGAGGACAAGAAGGACAAGGAAAAUGACAAGGACAAGGAAAAAGGGGAAGAGGAGGAGGAGGGCAGAGAGGAGGAUCAGCAAUGUGAAGUUAAAGGCAAGAAAGCGUCCUCCUCGUCUUCGUCCUCGUCGGACCAGAAAGCAGCUGGAGGCCCUGCAAAGUCAACACUUGACGAUAAGAAGACCAAGUUGCAGCAGGACGGCAAUGCUCUGCUUCCUGCCAUCCCUGCCCUUGUGGGUGGAGGCAACGCAGACACGGAGAACGCAGCAGCGGCACUUGCGAUGCUGCAGAACAUGGCAGGAGGAGUAGCGACAGGUGCAGGAGGGGCAGGGGGGAUGAUGGUGCUGGGGAUGCUGCGAGGCAAGCAGGAGGAGGAGCGCAGGCAAGGGGGAGAUGGGGGCGUGCGAGGAUCCGAGCAGCAGGUGCCUGUGCUGGUGAAGUCGGACGGGACAAAGAUCCCGCUGAGCGGGGAGCUGCUGAGCAAGCUCGGUGUGCCAUGGCUGGCGGCGGUUCCCAUGGAGGGGAAGGGAGGGAGGGGAGGAGAGCACAGGAGGGCGGCUGCGGGAGAGGAGGAGAGGAGGAGGGCCCUGUGGCCUGAGGAGAGUCCCUCGACAUCAGCAGCGCGCGGGGUGCAGGGGAUGAAUCUCAACUUGGAAUCGCCAGAAAAGCAGGAGGAGGAGGGCAGGAAGGAGGAGGCGCCGAAGAAGGGCGCGGAAGUGAGGGGGAAGAGCACCAGGAGGGGAGAGGCUGCAGCCUCCAAGGACAGGGACAAGGUCGGGGAGCUGAGCAGAGCAGACGAGGCAGCGAUCGCAGCUCUGCAGGAGCUGGGGGCAAGUGUAGAAGCAUGGGAGAGCAGCGAGGAGGCGGGGAGGAGAAACAGAAGCUCAGGAAGCCUCCAGUCCCCUGGGACGGGAGGCAGCAGCGUCAACAGCAGACAUGGAGCAGCAAGAGGCCGCCAAGUCACCCGUGCAUGCCCGGGAUGUGGUGAGCGGAUCUCUAUCGCCUGUAAGUUCUGUGCCCUGUGCGGAUACACUUUCCGCCGUCCUUCCUCUCAGCCGAACUCGGCCAAGGACGGAGCAGCGUCUCCCCUCGCUGCUCUUGCCCCCGACAGCGCGUCUACCGAAGGGGGAGCAGGGGAGGGUCUGGAGCUCCGCAAGCUCAGCUCUGCCUCCUCCCCAGUCAGCGCCUCCUCUGCUGGAGGGUCCAACCAGGAGAGCCGUGUAUCGAGCCCCCAUGUCCUCAGUACAGGAGGAGGAGGAGGAGGAGCGAACCAAGCGGAGGAGGAGGGAGCGGGCGAAGAGGCCAGUGUGAGCGGAGGAGGAGCAGGAGGAACGCCCAGACCGACAGUGACGAGGGUGACGGCAAACUCGCUGGAGCUACACAAGAUCAAAGAGCAGGCGAGACGAGCAAGAGAGAAGCAGCUGCUUGCCAGAUUGCAGUCUUUGCUCUUUGAUCAACGAGAUUCUCCUCCCUCUGCGUCGGAGGUCACCUACAACUUCGUCCUGGGGUGUGCGGUAGACGCGCUUAAAGAUCGCUUCCUUCGCAAGGGAAUGAGCAUCGCCCACCUUGGCCUCGAGGAGCUCGCACUUGAGCCUGCAACGCCGAGGGGGCAGGAGGGAGGAGGCAGCGGGAACGCGGAGAUGGAGAAGCAUAAGAUAAAGGAGCAGCAACGGCGGGCGAGGAAGCGACAGCUGCUGUCCACACUGCAGAGCAUGGUGCUAGGGGAGGCAGAAGCUACGACCAAAUCAUCGGGGAUAACGGGGAACUACAUCCUUGAGCUGGUGGUGGUGGAACUGGAGAAGGAACGACUGGAAGCACCUGCGGCGAACGUGGCGGUGAAGGUGGAAGGAGAUUAA